AUGUGUUGCACUGGUUGCGUCAGGAUCGUUAGGAACGCAAUCUCAAAACUCCGAGGAGUUGAUUCAGUAGAAGUGGAAAGAGAGAUGGGAAGAGUGAGAGUAGUGGGGUACGUUGACAGAAACAAAGUGAUCAAAGCCGUGAGACGAGCCGGGAAGAGAGCUGAGUUUUGGCCAUACCCUGAGCCUCCACUUUACUUCACAUCUACUCAAAACUAUUUCGUAGAUCCUUCGAAAGAGUUUAAAGAGAGUUAUAACUAUUACAGACAUGGCUACAAUAGCACGGAACAACAUGGAACUAUCCCCGUAGGUCGUCGUGGAGACGACAGGGUUAGUAAUAUGUUUAAUGACGACAACGUCAAUGCAUGCCGUCUCAUGUAA